GGACGAGAUAACAUCAUGGGACGCGAGAGAUCGUCGUAAAGAUCAAUGAUGACCGUCAGUAUACUCAGGAGAGGCACAACAGACAAAAAGCCAGAAGCGAGUCCAGCGACCAGCGUGUUUUAUCGUUGCAUGAGGAUUGGUACUCAAAGAUGUAGUAGCUUCGGGGGUGGCAGAUGACGUGGGGUUAGCAGCCUGCGAUUGUGUUUGCGAAGAUGGCUGGGCCUGAGCCGUGCCGUUGGAUUGCUGUGUGGGAUUGCUAUUGGGAGGGCGUGAGGUACUUGCAGAAGGGUUUUUCGGAACUGGCCUCCGUUUUUCUCUUGCACAAGCGUUUCUCUACGAACGUACGCGUUUGCCCUUGGCAUAAGGGACAUCAAUUACUGCCGAGGGAUGCUUAUGCAGCUCGAUAUCUACAGGUCCGCUUGAUCUGCCAGAAAGACGGUUUCGAACCCAGUGAAAAGGGCGGGGUCGGGAUGGCGUAUCGUGGGCAUCGGAGUGUAUGGGGCGAAACAAAGAUAAAAAGUGGUUACGAAGGGUGGUUCCAUGCGAUGGUGAUAGAGGUUGGAGGCAGUGUCGUUCAGACAACUGAGAACAUCAAGGUGAGGAAAGUACUGAAUGAGAUGUUAACCACAUACACGAGCAUGAUCAAGUGUAUCGUCAAAGAAACCUCGGGGUACCCUAUUUGGAUCUUGAUUGGCUGAAGUGAGUAGUGAUUUAUCGGGCUGGUCCAAAAGAAGGUCGUCGAGGCCAGCUUCUUUUAAUAUCACAGUAACAUCCCACGUGUAUGCAUUGUGGCCACCGCUAG